AUGCAAACAAUUUGUAAACCAGAUCCUUGCUGUUGUCCACCAAUACUCGUUCCAUCAUGUCCACCACCUUGUUUAUCGACAACAAAAAUCAAGGAUCCUUGUUCAAAGUAUUACGAACAAAUUGGUGCGGAAAUGAUAGGUAAUCAAUUGAUCAUACGUAUGGAAAAAGAUAAAUCGAAAUCCAAAAAAAGAUUAGAUCAAUGGGAUCCACCGUGCGAUUGCGACGUUAUCGAAAUACAAAGGCCGACAAGUAAAUCAGGACCUAAAGUUUUGAAUGCUAGCAAUAAUAAUCGAGUUUUGUUUCGUGUACAAUCGAAAAGUAAUAUAAAUAAAGAAGACCCAACAAAUAAUUCUCAAGCUAUUUCUUACGAGAUUGGUUCGUGCAAAGGCGAUAAAAAUAUUAACGACGAAUGUCGAACUUUCACAUUUUAUCCUUCAUACGGUACUCCUGGAUCGCAGGAAGUACAUACCGAUCAAAUUACAGAUGGCAAUGAAAAUGUUUGUUUGUUGAAAAUCAAAAAGAAACCGGAUAAGAUGGAGAAAUUUAAAAGAAAUAUCGAAUUGGAACUUAGAACACCAAGACCACCUACGCCACCCAUCCCUUCUAUCAUAAAAGCAAAACUAUCAUCAAAGGAAUGA